AUGCCUCCCCGACUCCCACGCCUCGCACCCGCUCUCUCCAGCCCCCCUCGAAUCGUCUCGCUCCGCGUCACCAUCUCCCGCUACAGCACCAGCACCGACGACGCCGUCAUCCAAACCCAACAAGUCCCCGCCCCAGGCUCCGGCAGCGUCCGCGUCCUCCUCCUCAACCGCCCCAAAGCCCGUAACGCCCUCUCGCGAAACCUUCUCGACGCCCUCUCCAAGCAAAUCCACUCCAUCGCCGCCGAGGGCGGCACAGGCCCAACCCGCGCCCUGGUCAUUGCCAGCAACGCCGACGCCGCCUUUUGCGCCGGCGCAGACCUCAAAGAGCGCGCCAAGAUGACAAAGGAGGAGACGAACGAAUUCCUCACCAAACUCCGCGGCACAUUCCACGACCUCGCCGCGCUGCAGAUCCCCACCAUCUCCGCUAUCUCUUCCACAGCGCUGGGCGGCGGGCUCGAGCUCGCGCUGUGCACGCACCUGCGCGUGUUUGGGUCGUCUGCUAUCGUGGGCUUACCAGAGACCCGGCUGGCGAUUAUCCCCGGCGCGGGCGGCACGUAUCGCCUCCCUGCGCUGAUUGGGGUGAACCGCGCGCGGGACAUGAUCUUGACAGGGAGACGGGUGUCUGGUCCCGAGGCGUACUUCCUGGGUCUUUGUGAUCGGUUAGUGGAGAUCUUGCCCGAGGAGGAGGGGAAGGAAGGGGUGGCGAGGGAGAAGGUGCUGAGGGAGAGUAUUAAGCUGGCGCUGGAUAUUUGCGAGGGGGGGCCGAUUGCGAUUAAGCAGGCGAUUCAGGCGGUUGCGGGGUAUCACCGGGGCGAGGCGGCGGAGAAUGAGGCGUAUAAUGGGGUGAUUGAGACGGAGGAUCGGUAUGAGGCGCUUAGGGCUUUUGCGGAGAAGAGGAAGCCUGCGUUUCGGGGGAGGUAG